AUGGUGCUCGCAAAGUCAAAGAAGGCCGUAGGCCUGGGAAACAGUCUCAUGAACGACCGUUUUGGCAAGGGCAAAGGCGCUGAUAUGCGCCGCGGUACCUUUCAGACCGGUAUUGAGCGGACAAACCACCAGACGGGUGAGAAGUACAUCACCAACGACAAGAAAGAGGCAUCAUGGGUGAAGAUGCGCUCCGUCACCGAGCAGGGCGACCUCGACGAGUUUCUGGAGACCGCAGAGCUGGCCGGCACCGACUUCACCGCAGAGAAGAUGAACAAUGUCAAGAUCAUCCACAAGGACCAGAAGAACCCAUACCUGCUGUCCGCCAACGAAGAGCGUAACGUUGUCAAGAGGCAGAAGGAGAACAGGCACAAGCUGACAGUCCCGCGCCGACCGAAAUGGGACUCGAACACCACACCGCAGCAGUUGGACACACGCGAGAGGGAAGCAAUGUUGCAGUGGAGGCGCGGUCUUGCCGAACUCACAGAGAACAACGACCUUCUCACAACACCGUUCGAGCGCAACCUCGAGGUUUGGAGGCAAUUGUGGCGUGUCAUCGAGAGGUCAGACCUGGUCGUCCAGAUUGUAGACGCUCGAAACCCGCUUCUGUUCAGAUCCGAGGAUUUGGAGGUUUACGUCAAGGAGGUCGACUCCAAGAAGAACAACCUGCUGCUAGUCAACAAGGCGGAUAUGAUGACACUGGGGCAGCGCACGGCCUGGGCUGACUACUUUGAGGAGAAUGGCAUCAACUACAAGUUCUUCUCGGCUGAGUUGGCCAAGGAGAUGAACGAGCUGAGGGAUCUGGCUGAAGAGCCUUCUGAGUCGGACGAGGAUGAAGAAGAGGACGAGGAAGAUGAAGACGAAGAGGACGUCGAGGACGAGGCCGAUGAUCUCGCCAAGGAAGCAGAGAAGAUCAAUCUGCAAGAUAAGAAAGAAGAGAAGGAGAAGUGGGUAGACGAGGAGACAGUCGACACACCUGGCGAGGGCGUUCAGCUGGCAGACGGAGACGAGCGAACCCGAAUACUUACCACUGACGAGCUUGAGGCGCUGUUCCUUGAACAUGCGCCCGAGAUCGAUACCGGACCAGACAGCCCGCCUCGCAAAACUUCGAUUGGUCUCGUAGGUUACCCCAACGUUGGUAAAUCGUCCACAAUCAACGCUCUCAUUGGCGCAAAGAAAGUGUCUGUCUCAGCCACACCAGGAAAGACCAAGCAUUUCCAGACCAUCCACCUCAGCGACAAGGUCGUUCUUUGCGAUUGUCCUGGUCUGGUUUUCCCCAGUUUCGCGGCGACCAAGGCUGAGCUCGUCUGUGCUGGUGUCCUCCCCAUCGAUCAGCUCCGAGAAAUCACCGGUCCCGGUGGCCUUGUCGCACAGCGUAUCCCGCAACCUUUCCUCGAGGCCAUUUAUGGUAUGAAGAUCGAUGUCCGCCCGCUUGAGGAAGGCGGCACUGGUACACCCACAUCAGACGAGGUUCUGCGCGCCUACGCUAUUGCGCGUGGAUUCCAAACACAAGGUCUCGGUCAGCCAGACGAGUCGCGCGCCGCACGUUACAUCCUCAAAGAUUACGUCAAGGGCAAGCUGCUCUUCUGUCACCCGCCUCCCCGGGAUCCACCGAUUGAUGCGAAGCACUUCAACCGCGAGCUCUACGAUGCCGCGCAUCUGCCCGAGAAGCGCCGCGCGCGUCUUGCGCUCAUGACAGAGGCUGCUGAAGCAGAGUCGCUGAUGGACGAUGAUGAGUUCGGUCUCGCUCCCAGGACGGGCGAGAAGUCGCAGCGUAUGGACAAGAAGUUCUUCGGCCCUGGACAGGGCAAGGCGCACGUUAACAAGCCGUUCAACUACCAGUAUAGCGAGCAGGGAAAGGAGCUGAGCGGCAGGAAAUUGAAGACGAUGACCGCACUCAACAUGGACGUCGACCCGACGGACCUGAGAUUGAACAGCAAGAAGCACUUCAAGGGAAACAAGAGGAGAGCGAAGAAGGUGCGAUCAGAAUACGAGUAG